GUAUCCGUGCUCCUGGCAGACUCGGGUCUUACCCCACGUUAUAGCUCWGCCUGCGCUGCUCUGCUGGCUGAGUGAAGAUUGGAAGGUUAACCAGGCCCUGAGAGGAGUUGCAGAAUCCAGCCUCUUUGGCUGCCGUUUGAUUUUUCCCACAUCAUUCCACGAGUUUAUACUCCACAUUGUCCAGUUUAAAUCCAUGAUCCUUGACCCGUCACCAUGGCUUACAGGUCCCGCUUCUCCUUCUGGGAGCAAAAGGUUAAAGUUGAGAACAAGCCAGAUUCUGAUAGUAGUCAGCCUCAGGCAGAGACAAAACCUGGGCUAGAUCCAGCAGGUGGUCCGCAGCCGACUUCUGAGGAGUUCAAUAGUAACCCUGCCUUGGGAGGUCCAGAAGCACCGGGGGAGGAGGAGAGCAAUAAAAGUGUUGCGAGAGCUAUGAGAAGAGUUGUUCGGAGUGCAUUUCCUACUGGUGCAGAGGAGCAAAACCGGCCCGCUGUUUCUAYAUCUGCAUCAGAGCCGGGAUCCUCCAAAGCUGGAGCUGCUGCCGACAAGGAUGAUAUAUCUGUGGGUCUGACCAGUUUAAUGGGCCGAGGCAGAACCAAGGAACAYCGGCCUCGCACCCGCACCCAGGACCGCAAAGAGGAAGCAAAGGAGGAGGAGAAAGGAAAGGCGGAAGAAGGAAAACAAGAGGAGGCCUCAUCCGUAACAACUCCCGCAGCUGCGAACCCCACGCCACCGAAGUCCAACCCCUUCACCCCUCCUCCCAAACCUGAUCCCUUGGCACCGCCGGCUGGUUUCAUCCCCAUUCCCAAACWGAAUCCAUUGACUCCUCCACCUGGUUCCAUGCCUGCCAAAAAAUCGAGCCCCGUGCUGCCCAAACAGAAUCCCUUGGCGAGACCUCCGGGAUUCAUCCCUGUCCCGAAGACCGAUCCGCUGGCACCUCCUGCAGGAUUUAUACCAAAGCCUCGUCUGCUCACUGUAAAGAAACCAGAGUUAUCUGCAUCGAGUGAACAGGAGUGUGUUCAUCCUGCUGCAAAGGUUCCAGAGCUGAUUCCUUUCGAGGAAGACUACAAGCGUGUCAAAAAGAUCUUCACUCUAGAUGAUAAUCGUGCCGGAGGCCACAAACGCACUCAGUCCAAGCUUGUUGAGGACCCCGUGGCCAUCCUUCAGGCAGCACACGCAGCUGCAACUAAGGGGAAGACGGAGGAGCAGAUACGAGCAGAGAAAGCCUGGUACAAUACAGAAAAAGUGUGGCUGGUUCACAAGGAUGGAUUCUCCUUGGCGACACUUCUGAAGACCGAGUCAGGCAGCCUGCCAGAGGGGAAGGUAAAAAUCCRCCUGGAGAGUGAUGGAUCUUUAUUGGACGUGGACGAAGAUGACGCGGAAAAGGCAAACCCUCCGUUGUUUGACCGAGUGGAGGACUUGGCCUCUCUGCAGUAUUUGAAUGAGUCGAGCGUGAUGCACUCCCUGCGGCAGCGCUACGGCAGUAACCUGGUGCACACCCACGCUGGGCCCAACAUGGUGGUCAUUAACCCCAUUAGUGCCCCCUCUAUGUAUUCUGAGAAGGUGAUGCAAAUGUUCAAGGGCUGCAGAAAAGAAGACACUGCCCCGCACAUUUACAGCAUGGCUCAGGCCGCCUACAGGAACCUCUUGACUACUCGCCAGGAUCAGUCCAUCGUCCUCCUUGGCAAGAGUGGAAGCGGAAAGACGACAAACUGUCAGCACAUCAUCCAGUAUCUUGUUACUGUCGCCGGAAGUGCCAAUAAAACUUUCUCUACUGAAAAAUGGCAGGCAGUCUAUUCAGUUUUGGAGGCUUUUGGAAACGCCUCCACUUGUAUGAACGGGAAUGCAAGUCGCUUCUCCCAUGUUGUUUCCCUGGAGUUUGAUCAGGCAGGAUUGGUGACUUCAGCUUCUAUCCAGACGAUGCUCUUGGAGAAAAUGAGAGUGACAAGAAGACCAGAGGGAGAGUCCGCUUUUAAUGUCUUUUACUACCUGAUGGCUGGAGUAGAUAGCUCUCUUAGAACCGAGCUGCACCUCAACCACCUUGCGGACAACAAUGCGUUUGGAAUCGUGCCACAGGCGGAUGAUAAGCAGCGAGCCUCCCAGCAGUUCUCCAAGCUGCAAGUAGCCAUGAAGGUUCUGGGGGUCAGCACUGAUGAGCAGCGGGCCCUUUGGCACGUCCUUGGGGCCAUCUAUCACCUUGGAGCUGCCGGAGCUACCAAAUCUGGCAGGAAACAAUUUGCUCGUCACGAGUGGGCCCAGAAGGCAGCUUACCUGCUGGGCUGCACCCUGGAGGAGCUUUCCUCUUCCAUCUUCAAGCAUCAAGCCAAGGGCAACCUGCCCAGAGYCGGCGCCAGCCGCCAGGCUUCUGAAGAAAAUGGCACAGCAGAUGCAGGAUCCAAGGCUACAGCCAUGGAGUGUUUAGAGGCCUUGGCAUCCAGCCUCUAUUCUGAACUUUUUAACAUUGUUGUAUUUUUGAUAAACAGGGCCUUGAAAUCCAACCAGCACUCCCUGUGCUCUCUGCUCAUUGUGGACACGCCAGGCUUUCAGAACCCAAGGCUCGCUAAGCGCGAGAGCGGCACAACCUUUGAAGACCUCUGCCACAACUACACUCAAGAGCGUUUGCAGAGCCUCUUUUACCAGCGCACCUUUGUUCAGGAGCUGGAAAGAUACAAAGAGGAGAACAUCGAUCUCGCCUUAGAAGACUCUGAGUCCAGCUCUUCUCUGUCCGUUUCAGUUGUGGACCAAAGCUCGAGCCAAGCGCUGGUGCGCACAGUUCGAACAGAAGAGGCCCGAGGCCUGUUGUGGCUGMUGGAGGAGGAGGCGCUGCAGCCUGGGGGAUCCGUGGAAACACUGCUGGGGCGACUCUUUAGCUACUACGGACCGGCUGAGGGCGAGAGUAAAGGUCACACAUUUCUUUUGAGGAGYGAGAAAGAAUACCACUUCCUGCUGGGCCACAGUCACGGGACGGACUGGGUGGAGUACGAUGCCCGUGGGUGGCUGAACUACGCCAGACAGAAUCCUGCUUCCGCCAACGCCGUGAGCCUCCUGCAGGAAUCCCAGAAGAAAAUCAUCAGCUCAUUGUUCAUGAGCAGAGCAGGUGGAUCUACGGUGUUGUCUGGUUCCAUCGCUGGCCUUGAAGCUGCUUCCAGGAUGUCCAUGCGAAGGGCUACUAGCAUGAGGAAAACCUUUAUUACAGGGGUAGCUGCUAUCAAGAAGAAGUCGUUGUGCAUCCAGAUAAAACUUCAAGUGGAUGCCCUUCUUGAAAUGUUGCGGAGGUCUAAGAUUCACUUUGUUCACUGCAUACUGCCUAAGGCAGAUGCUCUGAGGGCUCUUAGUGGAUCUCUGUUCAAAGCUGGGGAAUCUGAGACUCAGGGGGAGCUCGGCGAUCCUGGCCUAAUGCAGCUAGAUGUAGCCUUGCUUCGUGCUCAGAUACGUGGAUCCAAGCUGCUUGAUGCUCURCGGAUCUACAGGCAAGGUUACCCUGAUCACAUGGUGUUUUCGGAGUUUCGACGACGCUUCGAUGUGCUGGCCCCGCAUCUCACCAAGAAGCAUGGGAGGAAUUACAUUGUGAAGGAUGAGAGGAGAGCUGUGGAGGAGCUUCUGGAAUCCUUGGAUUUGGAGAAGAGCAGCUACCACAUGGGUCUGAGCAGGUUGUUUUUCAGAGUUGGCACUUUGGCUAAGCUGGAAGAGCAGAGGGAUGAGCAGACCAAACGUAAUCUAACCCUGUUCCAAGCUGCCUGCAGAGGYUACCUCGCACGGCAGGCCUUUAAGAAGAGAAAGAUCGCAGAGCUGCUGGCAGAGCUUGCUGAUGAGAGGAGCACCAGUGAGUCAGCUUCUCAGCUGCUGGAGACUGAGACUUCAGAAAGACUCCGCCUGGAGAAGGACAUGAAGGAUCUACAGGUUAAGUUUGAUGCCAUGACGAAACAGUUAGAAUCACAGGAAAUGGAGCUGAUGGAAGCACGGCUCAUGAAAACUUCUGAGCUUAACGGGGAGAUGGACGACGACGAUGAUUCUGGAGGAGAAUGGAGGCUAAAAUACAACAGAGCCAUUCGGGAAAUGGACUUCAACAAAAAGAAGCUGCAGCAGGAGUUUGAUGACAAGCUGGAAACGGAGCAGCAGAGCAAAAGACAUAUUGAGAGAAAGCUAGCCGAUCUGCAGGCAGAUAAUGAGGAUCUGCAGCACUCCGUGCAGCAGCUGAAGAAGAAGUGCCAGAAGCUGACGGCCGAGCUGCAGGACACCAAGCUUCAUCUGGAGGGCCUACAGAGCCGCAACCACGAUCUGGAGAAGAAACAGAGGAAAUUUGACCUGGAGCAGAGCCAGUUUCAGGCUGAGGUACAAAGAGAAAAGAGCCAGCGGGAGAAACUGGCUCGAGAAAAAGACAUUAUGACUGGCGAGAUAUUUAACCUCCGCCAGCAGCUGCAGGACAAGGACACUGAAUUGUUCACCACCAGCGCGAAAGUGCAGCAGCUGAACUCGGAUCUGCAGGACCUGUCCUCCCAGGAGUCCAAGGACGAGGCCUCGCUGGCCAAGUUGAAGAAACAGCUUCAUGAACUUGAGGCGAAAGUGAAGGACCAGGAGGAGGAGCUGGACGAACAGGCUGGAAGCAUCCAAAUGUUGGAGCAGACUAAGCUGCGGCUUGAGAUGGAGAUGGAGAGGCAGCGRCAGAGCCACUCCAAAGAGAUUGAGAGCAGGGAUGAAGAGGUGGAGGAAAUCAGGCGGUCCUGCAGUAAGAAGCUGAAACAGAUGGAGAUUCAGCUGGAGGAGGAGUACGACGACAAGCAGAAAGUCCUGCGUGACAGAAGAGACCUGGAGUCCAAACUUCUGAUUACCCAGGACCAGGUGAGCCAGAGGGAUGUGGAGACAGAGAAGAGGUUGAAGAAGGACUUAAAGAGGACCAAAGUCCUUCUGGCUGAUGCACAAAUUAUGCUGGACCACCUGAAGAGCAAUGCWCCCAGCAAAAGGGAGAUUACCCAGCUCAAAAAUCAACUGGAGGAGUCAGAGUUCACUUGUGCAGCAGCGGUGAAAGCUCGAAAGGGCAUGGAGAUUGAAAUCGAAGACCUGCAUAUCCAAAUGGAGGAUGUGGUCAAAAAUAAAAUGGCGUUGGAGGAGCAGGUCAGCCGUCUGCAGAGAGAGAAGAACGACUUGCAGUCUCGCAUGGAGGAGGACCAGGAAGAUAUGAAUGAGCUGAUGAAGAAACAUAAAGCUGCUGUUGCACAGUCUGCCAGGGACUUGAGCCAGAUCAGUGACCUGCAGGCCCAGCUAGAAGAAGCCACAAAAGAGAAGCAGGAGAUCCAAGAAAAGCUCCAUUCAAUACAAAGCCAGUUAGAGUUCCAGGAACAGUCUAUGGUGGAGAAAUCGCUUGUGAGCCGUCAGGAGGCCAAAAUCCGGGAGCUGGAGACCAAGCUGGAGUACGAGAGGACACAGAUCAAACGCUUAGAGAGCCUGGUGGGUCGUCUAAAGGAGAAUCUCGAAAAGAUGACAGAGGAGAAAAACCAACACGCCGCUGCAGAAAACAGGGAGAAGGAGCAGAACAAGCGCAUGCAGAGGCAGAUGAGGGACAUAAAAGAAGAGAUGGCUGAGCUGUCCAAGAAGGAGGCRGAGGCGAGCCGGAAGAAGCACGAACUGGAAWUGGACAUUGAGAGCUUAGAGGCGGCAAAUCAGAGCUUACAAGUGGAUCUUAAGCUGGCCUUUAAGAGGAUAGGGGACCUGCAGGCUGCCAUCGAGGACGAGAUGGAGAGUGAUGACAACGAUGACUUAAUCAACAGUUUACAAGACACGGUGACAAAAUAUCAGAAAAGAAAGAACAAAACUGGAGGAGACACAGAAACAGACUCAGAAGUGGAAGACCGUGUGGAUGGGGUUAAGUCGUGGCUUUCCAAGAACAAAGGCUCCAGCAAAACUCAGUCUGAUGAAGGAAGUCUUAAGAGCAGCAGAUAUUCAGCAAAUGCAGAUGCCAAGGAGAUAAAGGAAGGUAAGGAGAAGAUGAGUGACAGCGGUAAAGACGGGAAGGAGGUCGAGCCGAGCAGAUCGGUGUCUGUCAUGAGUUCCCUCAGCUACAGGAAACGCUCCAACCUCAAGGAUUCCAUAGGGGGUACGGGGGAUGACAGCUCACUAUUCAGCACUCUGAAAGAACAGCCUGACAUGCCAGAUCACACUGCCAUUCGUAAAGCUAAGUCAAAAACCGGUGAGCUCCAGGAYGAUCGAAGGAAGAGUCAGGACGACGCCGACGAUAAAGGUUCUGUCAUUUCCCUGGCCUAUUCUGAAGCCACCAGCAGAGCCAGGAAGGGCUUGGAGUCCCGCUGGACUUCCCGCAGAAGCCCGGAGUUCGAUAAGGAAUCCAUGGUGUCCUCUGUUGCUCCCAGCAGGAUGUCCACCAGGAGGGGCAUGCUGGACUUGGARGAUGACAAUAAGUCGACCAUUAGCAGUGUGAGCCGCUCCAGCCCACGGUCACUGCGCCGCAGCACCUCCUGGAAAGAUGAAAAACGCAGCAGCUCUCGCUUGUCUCUUGCUCGCAGCUGUGGCCUCAGUGAUUUUGGUCUACAUGUAAAUGACGAUGAUGAUGAAGAAGGCCAGAGUUUGGCAUUUGGUGAGGGUGGACACUCGCCUUACAGUUCCGUCAGUCGCAGCUUCUCCACGCCACCUCAGCCACGUUCUUCGGACAACAAUCUGCCCGACACGUCUGACAUUAAACCUGUCACUCACAGAAAUUACUUGGACCCUGACUUAGAGGCUGCAAUUAAUGAGGUGCUGAGCUUCAAACCCAUUAAGUUCAAGCGAAGCAAACUGGAUGAAUCUAGUGAUGAGGAAGAAAAGAAAGGUCCAGGAAGUGAGGACAGUCGUAAGAAGGAAGGAGACGAGGCCUUUGCCUCAUCAAGCCUGCUUCGAUCCUCAUCAAGCUUUGCUCAGGAUUACGGUGAUCGCAAAUCCAGCACCUCCUACAGUCAUAAAGWUAAAAAAACUAAAACUUCCUCAUCAGACUCCUCCUCCUCUGACGAUGAUCGUCACAGCAGAAAGAGUACAAAAGGGAAAAAGGAUAAGAAGUCCAAGAAGAAAUCAAAGAAAAAACCAAGCGAAUCAGAAGAUUCCUCUUCCUCCUCAGACACAUCAGAGUCCUCAUCUUCAGAUUCAGUUAUCUCGUAUCGAAGUUCCAAUAGUGUGAAAAAGGGCCCAAAACAACAGAGAGACAACGAUGAUGAUGAUGAUGACGAGGAGGAGGAGCUUGCUGCUCGUGGACAAUCUAGCAAGAAAAGCAAGAAGAAACAGAAAAAGAUGGAUAGCCUGGUGAUGAAGUACCUCUACAGGCCUGACAGUGAUUGAUACCAACACAACAAGCCCUCCUGUGUACCGGAGACACCUGAGUCUUGGCAGAUCUGAUGAAGAGGACGAAGCUGACAGAGACACCAGCAGGCAGUCCCUGAGG